AUGUUUCUAUGGCAGUUGCGUGCCAUGACUGCUUCAGUGGUUGUCUACACUUUCAUUAGGGCCUGUGACCGCGUAAUACACCCACGACAGUCUCACAAGGACUUCAUUUACGGUGCGUUUAUGUGUCACAUGUGGGCAAGCCGUUAUAUGUCCCUUGUGGCCUACACAUUUGCGGUCCUGAUCCUGAACUUCAUAGUUGGCAAUAGAGCGAUUCAGAUUGUCUGCAGAUACCAACACUCCUUCUCCACGUCUGUUAUUGCCGAGCUUGCCUAUCUGAGUGGGUUCGGCUUAGUAAGCAUCAUCUGUAUGAUUCCUCAAACAUUUUUAAUGCAAUGGGAUGGCACCACAUGCAAGUGUAUUGACAGAGAUAUACCGUACGCCAUAUCUGUGUCUCUUUACGCAGAGACCUUCGUUCGAUUCGGCCUGACUUCGAUCAUCAGCGUCACCAUCUUGACCCUGUCUUGCUACAAAAUAUUCUACUGGGUGCGCAACACACCACCUAAGAUGCUUUCGGACACAUGGAAUAUCAUAUAUCUGCCUGGCACUACGAAGGAACAGAUGGAGGCGUACAGUCGACCGCAGGGUUGGAUGACGGCCUCUCUCUGCACAAUUCCACUUUCGGCAAAUUUCCUACCAAUCAGCAUCUAUGACACAGGGUAUAAAUUCAUCUGCGCUGUGGGGUUGUGCAGAAUAAGUGCAGACUCUACAUUAUACAGGAUAGACCGACUUCUAACCGAUGUUCAGCUCAUUCUCUUCCCCAUCAUAAUCACAGUUUACAUCCCAGCACUGCGCGAAUUAACUGUGCGCUCUUGCCAACGGCUCAUCUCGCUGGGCCAGAAGUUACCAUGCAUGACACACAAACGCAGGCAGCAGAAGUCUUGA